UACCCCCUGGGUAUACCUCUUGUAUGGAGAGCCGGUAUCCCUCCGAGUUGGUUUGUUUUGUCAUGGCUUCAAUGUUGGGACCAAUGGGGAUAUAAUUUCAUAGUGUUAGCUAGCCAACCUCCAAACCCACGCACAGAAAAACUUCCACUCUAAUCAGUAAUCUCCUCUCCAUCGCUCUCUCCCUCCCGGUGCAAGCAGAUUGAUUGCCUUCCAAUUUCCAAGUGUUCGUUGUCUCUUUCCCGGAAACCCAAUUAAUAAUUCAGAAUACAUCUUUGAUAGACUGCGCAGUUCUCCCUUUUGGUCUCUAGAAAUUGAAAGAAACCUCUUUGCCUAACACCUUUCGUAUUUUCUCGCUCUCGUUGAUUUUACAAUUUCACCACGUUCCACCGUUUCGUAUUGAGGUACACACGACACGAGGUCUCGAGAGGUAUGAUUGAUCUCUUCGGUUCACUUUAAUGCUAUGCCUCGUGCUCGGUCGCUUCAUUCCUUCUACACGUCUACACGUACCUGACCAUUUCUCCUCCUCUCCUCGGUUCGAAGUCCAAGCUCCGAGAGGUUUAUUUGCCAAUCUAGGGCUUCCAGUUCUUGGGCUUUGUAUUUCAUGUUAUUUACCAUAAGGGGUCUGGGUCCCGGGAUUCGCUUGCUUUCGCUCAUGCUUAUCCAAGGGAUAGGCUUGUCAUUUUAGUAAGCACGACUUGACUGAGAUGACAACCAUGACUUGGCCAAUUUGCUGCUUGCUGGUAGCCGUUAUGGAUAGAAGUGAGCCCGCUUUAGUGCCCGAAUGGUUGAAAAGCAGUGCAAAUGUCACUGGCGGGGGCGGUACCAACCAUCAAUUUUCUUCAUCUGCAUUGCACUCAGAUGAUCAUGCCAUAUCAAAACAUGCAAGAAAUGUGUCAUCCAUGAGUGGGUGUGAUCAUGACCCGGGUCAUUUAUUUGCUUCAGAUCAAGCCACUUCCUUUAAUUUUCACGGGAGUCCUAGUGGUAAUAGUUCUGUUCACACACGGUCUUACAGUAGUUACGGUAGAAGCUACCGUAACAGGGAUGGGGAGGACAUUGUUGGCUACCGUGAUCAGGACAAGUUGGUUUUGGGUGACCACAGGCAGCAUGACUAUUCUGAUCCUCCUGAUAGCAUCUUACCCAAUAGGUUUGAGAAGGAUAUGCUACAAUGUUCACAGUCUAUGAUUACAGAAAAACAUGGUGACACAUGGCCAAGGAAAGUGGCUGGCUACUCAAAUAAUGCUAAAAGCAAACAUAGAAGUACUGAUGGUUUGCUUCGUGUGAGUAGUGUUGUUAGCAGUAGCAUUAAAAGUGCAUUUGAAAGGGACUUUCCAUCACUCGUAGCUGAAGAGAGACAAAGUGGUUCUGAAAUGGGAAGAAUCUCAUCUUCUAGCUUGAACACUGUCAUUCAGAGUUUGCCAAUUGGAAAUUUGUCUGUGACUGGUUGUGAUGGCUGGAAGUCAGCUCUAGUAGAGGUGCCUGUGAUUGCUGGAAGCAAUUGCACGGGUGCAGUGUUGGCUCAACAGACUAUUCAUGAAAGCUCAGCUUCUUUGUCUCCAAGCGCAGAGACUGGCCUCAAUAUGGCUGAAACAUUGGCUCAGGGCACCCCACGGACACCUUCUCAAUUAUCUUUUGGAACUCAAAGGCUUGAAGAGCUGGCUGUGAAGCAAUCUAGGCAAUUAAUUCCCAUGACACCUUCCACGCCAAAAGCUCUGGUGCCCAGUCCUUCAGAGAAAUCAAAACCCAAGAUUGGGCAGCAGCAUACAUUUUCAUCACACACUGUUAACAAAACUCCACGUGGAGGGUAUGCAAAAUCUGAUGUUACGAAGAUACCUGUAGGGAAUCUGCGCGUCCUCAAUCCAUCACGAGAGUUGAAGGGUAUCUCUGCAACUUCUAAGGAUAGCUUGAGUCCCACUGUUAAUAGCCCAUUUGGUCUCACUCCAUCUGCUGCUGCGUCUGCUCCCUCUAGGAACUUGAGAAACAAUUUAAGCCCCACCAGUGUUGAGUGCAGGCCAACUGCUAGCCGGACAACUGUGGACAAGAAAACAUUGUCUCAAGCUCAGAGCCGGAAUGAUUUCUUCAAAAAUCUUUCAAGGAAGAACUCUUCUGCAAACCACUCUUCUGUUAUCCCUGAUCCAUGCCCAGCUGUCUCUAUCCCUGAGAAUUCUGAUAAAUUGGUCACAGAAGCUUCCACCGCUGACCGUGUUACUCUUUGGAGUAGAGAUGCCCUUUUAUCUGAUACUUCUAAAAGUUGGGGUCAGACAACUCCCAACGGUGGUGAUUGUGAUGUGUCUCAGAAAUGUUUGGGCAAUGCAGAGGAGUACUCCAGGCCUAGUAUGAAUCUUCAUCCAGACGAGGAAGAGGCUGCAUUUUUACGAUCACUUGGGUGGGAAGAAAAUGCUGGAGAGGAUGAAGGCCUUACGGAGGAGGAGAUCAGUGCUUUCUACAUGGAGUACAUGAAACUGCGGCCAUCAUCAAAACUUACGCACGAAAUACAGCCAAAUAUAUCACCAGCGCUUGACUCACAACAGAGCAGCUGUAGCUGUGCUUCGUCUGAAUUGGUUGUGUCUGCUGGGUCAGAAUCUUGAUUUGGAAAAUGACUGAGCAAAACUAGGAAGUCUGAGUGUGAUUGUGGAGGUGAAUUACUUAUAUUUUCUUUUCGGUUUCAAUUCAUUUUAAGCUACAUAUUUGAGCCAAGUUGGUUUUAUGGGGGAGAAAGAUAAUGGGAUCUCUGCCGUUGGUGUGUGCUGAAAGCCAUGUGGAAUAAUAAUCUGUAAAUGUUCCAUUCCGGAGAAUAAGGAUUGAUGUGCUCCGCCUGAUUUUAACUCAGGAUUUUCUUAGUUGGAAGGUUGAUAUGUAGAAGAAGUAGGAAUUUGUGUUUUACAUUGAUAUGAGAUUGAAAAUAGUUCCCCUUGGAAAUAUAACGAGUAAAGUGGAUUUUUCCUUCCUGUGUGGAGCUUGUGAUUUCGUUGGUCAUAUGAAAAGGAAGCGAGAAUUUGUACAUUAUAAACCCGAUGUUUAUAUAAGAGGAUUAAUGCCAUUGAUGUUUGUUUACAGGGAAA